AUGCAGCUACGCAUCUUGACGUUUAACUUGUUUUUCGACGAGGUGGCGCGCUCUGCGCGCAUGAAAGCCAUCGGGCGGUUGGUGGAGCAUUUCCGUCCCGCUGUUAUCGGGUUCCAGGAGGUCACGCGCGACGCUCUGGCGAUGCUCAAGGGGCAGCAAUGGGCCAAGUUUUAUGAUUGCAGUGUGGACACUGCGCCCCCAUUUCAAGAGACCUAUUUCGUAGCCCUUUUCAGUGCCCUACCAGUCAAAUCGCUAGAAACUUACCCAUUUUCAAACUCCGGGAUGGGGCGAGAAUUGGUGAUAAUGCAAGUUGAGCCCAUUCCAGGCAAGACUCUUUUCGUGGGGACGUCCCAUUUAGAGAGUUUGCCUCAAUUUGCAGGACCCCGAGUGGCUCAAUUAAAGGAGAGCUUAACGUUGCUACGGGACAGAAGGCGCAGCUCCGACAGUGUCUGUUUGGGUGCACUGUUCAUGGGGGAUACCAAUUUGCUCAAAGCAGAUAUGAAGUUACUGGAUCGGCGUCUAGCAGCCUUCGCUGAUGUGGAUGUGGAGCUGGCAAAGUCCGGGAGAUCCAAAUGUCGGACUUGUGAGGAGGCUAUCGAUAAAGGGGCAGUGCGAGUAGGCAAAAUGGCGAAAACUACGGUGGCUGGAGGGAAAGUGAUGGAGAUCCGAGUGUGUUGGUAA